UGUGAAAGUUAUGGGUUGAUGAUUUUUGGAGGGUGAAGAAUGGCGAGAGAGAAGAUCAAGAUCAAGAAGAUUGAUAACGUAACGGCCAGGCAAGUCACCUUCUCUAAGAGGAGGCGAGGUCUCUUUAAGAAAGCUGAAGAGCUUUCUGUUCUCUGUGACGCCGAGGUUGCUCUCAUCAUUUUCUCAGCUACUGGCAAGCUCUUUGAGUACUGCAGCGCCUCCAGCAUGAAGGACACAAUUUCAAGGUAUAAUCUGCAUUCUAACAACAUCGGAAAGCUUGACCAACUAUCGCUUGAACUGCAGCUGGAAAAUAGCAACAACAUCAGAUUGAGCAAGGAAGUUGCUGAUAAGAGCCAUGAACUACGGCAAAUGCGAGGAGAAGAUCUUAAAGGAUUGAAUAUAGAGGAAUUACAACAACUCGAAAAAUUGCUUGAAUCAGGACUUGGGCGUGUUCUUGAAACAAAGAGUGAACUGAUUAUGAACGAGAUCUCUUCACUUGAAACAAAGGACACAAUUUCAAGGUAUAAUCUGCAUUCUAACAACAUCGGAAAGCUUGACCAACUAUCGCUUGAACUGCAGCUGGAAAAUAGCAACAACAUCAGAUUGAGCAAGGAAGUUGCUGAUAAGAGCCAUGAACUACGGCAAAUGCGAGGAGAAGAUCUUAAAGGAUUGAAUAUAGAGGAAUUACAACAACUCGAAAAAUUGCUUGAAUCAGGACUUGGGCGUGUUCUUGAAACAAAGAGUGAACUGAUUAUGAACGAGAUCUCUUCACUUGAAACAAAGGGAGCACAACUAUUGGAGGACAAUAGACAGCUAAAACAGAAGGUGUCCAACUUGUAUAAGGGAAAAAGCCUCGUCCUAGCUGAUUCAGAAAUCGCAAUUCAGGAAGAAGGGUUGUCAUCAGAAUCUGCUACUAAUAUUUGCAGCUGCAGCAGCGGCCCGCCUAUAGAGGAUGACAGUUCUGAUACUUCUCUCAAAUUAGGGUGA